CUCGUGGGGGGAAAACAAGCACACUUCGUCCUCAGAAGCUAGGCUGCUAACAAACCGAUCAAAAUGCGUUGUAUUGCGUAUUUAAUGUCCAUCAUCGGGCUAACCUUUGCCAGUGAGGUGAUCGACUUAACGGAGAAUUUUGAAGAUGUCAUAGACGACCAUGAACUUAUUCUCGUGGAAUUUUUCGCACCAUGGUGUGGCCAUUGUAAAAAGUUAGCUCCAGAAUAUGACAUAGCCUCAGACAUGCUUCAGCAAAAUGACCCCCCAGUGCCCUUAGCUAAGGUUGACUGCACAGCAGAGGGUGGGAAGGAUGUCUGCAGUAAACAUGGAGUCAGUGGCUACCCAACACUGAAGAUAUUCAGAGAUGGAGAGUUUGCAGAAGACUACAAUGGCCCCAGGGAUGCUGAGGGAAUCGUCAAAGUGAUGAAGUCCAAGGCUGGUCCGAGUGCCAGACUGCUGGAAUCUGUGGAAGAUGCCAAGAAAUUUUUGGAAUCUGAUGAGUAUGGAAUUAUUGGUUUCUUUAAGGACGCUGAAAGUGAACUUGCCACAACAUUUAAGACAGCUGAUUCACUCAGUACAGAUUACAACUUUGCCAUCACAACGGAUAAAAAAGUUAUGGACAAAUAUGGAUAUUCAGAUGAAAUUGUACUUUUCCAGCCUAAAAUUUAUCACAACAAGUUUGAGGACGCAGAACAGAAAUACACAGAUGGUGCUAAACUGAGUAAACUGAAGAAUUGGAUCUCAUCUUCUGUGGUGGGCCUGUGUGGAUUCAGAACUCCGGGUAAUGCAGAGAAUUUCAAAAAGCCCUUAGUGACCAUCUACUUUGAUGUGAACUUCAAACUGAACCCCAAAGGUUCCAACUAUUGGAGAAACAGGGCUAUGAAAGUGGGAAAGAAACUGAGGGAAGCUGGAAAAACUGUCUACUUCAGCGUCUCUAAUGUAGAUUCUUUCUCCCACGAGCUGGCUGAGUUUGGAUUGAAAGCUGCCGACCAACCAGUGGUUGCUAUCAGGGACGAGAAGGAUCAAAAAUUUCCCAUGAAAGAGAAACUUUCACUGGACACCUUAGAAGCUUUUGUUAAUGAUUUCCUGGAUGGAAAAUUGAAACCUUACUUGAAAUCUGAGCCUGUACCAGAGUCAAAUGACGAGCCAGUCAAGGUGGUUGUAGCAGAAAAUUUUGAUGAGAUCGUCAAUGAUGAAAACAAAGAUGUUUUGAUAGAAUUUUACGCUCCUUGGUGUGGACAUUGCAAAUCUUUAGCUCCAAAAUAUGACGAGUUAGCGGAAAAGCUCAAGGAUGAGCCAGAAAUUACUAUUGCUAAGAUGGAUGCCACAGCAAAUGAUGUUCCUAAACAGUAUGAAGUGAGAGGCUUCCCCACCAUUUAUUAUGCUCCUAAAGGAAAUAAAAAUAGCCCCCAAACCUACCAGGGUGGACGCGAGGUGGAUGAUUUCCUUAAAUUUUUGGCUAAGGAAGCAACAAAUGAACUGAAAGGGUACAACAGAUCUGGAAAGUCGAAAGGCGGCAAGAAGAAAAAGAAGACAGAAUUAUAAAUUGUAUUUAUGUAAAAAAAAAAAAAAAUUAAUAAAUUUGUACAAACUGUAGGAGAAUUUGUGUAUGGACCAUUCGCUUCUGUAAUACUGCCUUCAGUCGGAAAACGGAACACUUUUUGAAUGCCUCAAAUUUCUUUGUAAAAUUCAAUCGUGUCCACUGGUAUUUGUCUGGCAUUAAGUACUGAGUUAGCAUUUCUGUACAGAUUAAAAACGCGAAAAAAUUGUUUUUAACAACUGCAGUGCACUCAGAAAUGAGUGCUGUUGAUUCUUUAAGAUUAAUUUUUUUAAAAGUUUAGCAGUACAGAUUUUCACAUUUCUGUGUUUUGUUAACUUCAGUCUGUCUUUUUAGGCAAGACAAAAUUCUGGAGGAUUGUAUUUUGUUCAGAAGGAAAUGGACAAUCCUCCACCAUUCCGAGCUUAUAGAAAUUGUUAAUGAUCACUGAUGCAGUGAGGUGUAAAUAUCGUUGGUUUUCUAGUGUUCGUCGUCAUUGUUUUGCUAUUUCAUGCAAGGUCCUGAACUGUUUUAAUUAAGCGGUCAUCUUUUGUUUUUUUUUUCUCGUUUUACUUUGUGAAGUAGCCCAGGAAGGCUGCUGAAAAGGCAAAACUAAAGCUUACGGCUCGAGUAAAUGGUGCGUGGAUGAUAGAGGGAAAGGGUGACAUUUGUUUUUUUUUGCGAUCUUAAUAUAUUCAUCUCUGAAGCAUUCUCAUCUUUUGGGUUUUUUUUUUUUUUUUUGACUCGAAAGACUAAAAAAGAAAAUAAAACCAAACAGUGAACAAUUUGUCAGACAAGUGUUCGUGUUGGUUUUCUCAUGACUUUAUAUGCUCGAUAUAUACGUACAAAGGACGGCCUUUUUUUUUCUCAGUAUUGUCUGAAGUAUGCUGCUAAUAUGGAAUUAAAGUUAAGUGGAGUUUGGAAAACCUAUUCAUAGGCUGGCCUACAGAAUAGUGCCAUUCGAAAUUUGUGACCAUUUCUAAUGAUUCGGUGUGAUUCAAGGUUUUUCAGAUAUCUUAAGAACAAACAAUUUAAAAUAUAUGGAAAGGUAAUUAAUAAAUUUUGGUAUUAGUGAAUUAAUACAAAUAUAUUGGAUAAAAUUGAUAAAUUCAGCUAUAAACUUCGAAAAACAGUGAAAAGGUAAACCUCUUCCCAAUAGUGGAAACCCACGUGAAACUCGGCCUCGAUCUGAGAUUAGACUUGGCAUCCCAGGUAAGAUCAAGGUUGAGUAUCGUGUGGGUAUCUGCAGCGAAGGUGACGUUUUUUCGAAGUUUUUAGUUAAUCAAUUUUGUGCAAAAUGCUUUUGUUUAUGCAUUAAUUUUUUUGCAUAUACCGGUACUUCAAAUUCUUUGUUCAUAGUAAGUUUCAUGAGGAAGUCUUCUGAAUUAUUGUAAAUCAGAAAAUGUUAAACUCUGAACGGCCUUGGACAGCUUCAGCUCAAUGUCCAACAAGUUGAUAAAAUUAUUCAACUUUUUCAACUGCCUCUGCAAACCAGUAUUUUGAAACCUGAGAGAUAUGGGGUGCAUCUUCAGUGACAAAAACUCAUUUUAGGAUCAUG